ACCAUCAAUCACUCACAGUUAUUUACCACCUUCUUUGCACCAUCCAUUAUGACAGUCUCUACCCUUCUCCAGGUUCUUUCUCUAUCAAGCCUGGCCUUUGCAGGGCCGUUUGAGAAGAACGUUCUCUCGAAGCGCGACCCAUGCGACGGUGUCAACGCCACACCAGUUCUCUACCACAAGUACGGAACAGACAAAUGCCCCCCCAAGUUCAAAGUCGAUUCACGGGGCAAAUGCUACUUGAAUCCCAACGACCAUUGGCCUUGGCAGUCCUGCACACAGUUCUGUCAGCAGGAAACAGAGUUUAAAUAUACGCAAGAAAAGCCGUUCACGAAUGCGUACUGCCACGGACCCCAGACUUGCACAAUUAGUAGCACCACCACUCGCACCAUCACUGCCAACCUCAAUUUCAAUGCGAAGUUUGUCGAGGCCUAUGGCAUUGGUAUCACUGGGGGCUUCUCGGAGUCCAAAGCCACUGCUUCUGCGAGGGCAUUUUCAGUGAAGUUGGAGCAGGGCGACUGUGGAUACUUUACAUUUGUACCGGUCAUGAAACGAACUUGUGGCAAAAUCGGCGCACCCACGUCCUGCUCAGCCCGGCCCAACAUUGACGAAGAUAGCUGUGCAGAGCAGCUCCACCGCGAUAGCGACGGCUCUGUCGAUGGCGAGACGAUUUUCGUCCGCACGGACUGCGGCACCCGUAUGCCGCUUGCCAAGGAUAAGCAAGACCCAGUGUACCAAAAACCCGGCGUGCCAAUGGACCGCGGCCUGCAGGAAGCGUUUGCACAGACGUUCAAAAAAGACGAUGUCGAUGGAGUGGAAGAUAAAGAGAUCAAGUGCAGCACUUCUGAUAGCUCCCCUGAGCUCGAUACAUGCCUCAAAGUUCUCGAGUCUGCGGCAUCCUAUCCCGAUUUGUGGGUGAGCGCGGGUAGUAAGAACAAGUCAUGGUGGUUUACUUACCAAACCGGCUGCGCUGUCUCGCUGAACUACAAGUCUGACUGGCUAGUCGAUGGUCCUGACGGAGAUGUCGAGAAAGGCAUUUGUGGGAUGACACAUGGCGAUGCGCUUAUUGCUUCGCUGGGCAUUGUUGAUAAGUGUAGCAAAGAUGGUAAGAUUGGUGGCAAAAGGCCGUUUGGCCGAGGCAAAUGCGAGGGUGAACUCGAGUUUAUUGUUCCCAAGGGUUUACCGCCCAAUGGAUCGUGA